UAUAAAGGGAGCUCGUCACCAGUCGGUCCCGUGAAGUGAUGCUAACGGCGCUAACGUAGCACAGCAUGUGGUGAAUGAGCCAGAAACACACGGACCCGAAGAUCACACGACACUGUGGCUGUGGCCAUAGUCGACCGGCGUUGAAGUUUGAACAGUGAAAAACAGAGGUAGAGAUACUCUGCGGCGGUACAGCGGCGCGUUUAGUGUAGGUUGCUAAACGCUAAGCUAACUAGCAGUGUGUGGCUAACAGGAAUACAACACCGGCAAGUCAGCGGACAGACAGACAGGCAGAGAGACAGACAGACAGACAGACAGACAGACAGCCAAGAGAUUUGUGUAAACCUGAGGCAAUGGACAGUGACUCACAAGCCGCCUCUGAGCGAAUUCUGCUGGAACCAUACAAGUACUUGUUGCAGCUGCCAGGAAAGCAAGUGAGGACAAAACUAUCCCAAGCAUUUAACCACUGGCUUAAUGUUCCAGAGGACAAACUGCAGGUGAUCAUCGAGGUGACUGAGAUGCUGCAUAAUGCCAGCUUGCUCAUAGAUGACAUCGAAGACAACUCCAAGCUGCGGCGAGGCUUCCCUGUGACCCACAGCAUCUACGGCAUCCCCUCAGUCAUCAACUCGGCCAACUACGUCUACUUCUUAGGGUUGGAAAAGGUGCUGACCCUGGAGCACCCCGAGGCUGUACGAGUGUUUACCCGGCAGCUGCUAGAGCUGCAUCGCGGUCAGGGCCUGGACAUCCACUGGAGGGACACGUACACCUGUCCCACUGAGCAGGAGUACCGCAACAUGGUGCUGCAGAAAACUGGAGGGCUCUUUGGCCUGGCUGUGGGUCUGAUGCAGCUCUUCUCGGAUUGGAAACAGGACUUAAAACCACUACUGGACACACUGGGCCUCUUCUUCCAGAUCCGCGAUGACUACGCCAACCUCAGCUCUCGCGAGUACAGCGAGAACAAGAGCUUCUGUGAGGAUCUAACCGAGGGCAAGUUCUCUUUCCCUACCAUUCAUGCCAUAUGGUCGCGUCCAGAGAGCACCCAGGUGCAGAACAUCCUGAGGCAGCGCACAGAGAACAUGGACAUCAAACGAUACUGUGUGGACUACCUGGAGAAGGUCGGCUCGUUUGCCUACACUCGUCAGACUCUGCGGGACCUGGAGGUGGAGGCCUACCGCCUCAUCAGGGAGUUUGGGGGGAACCCUCAACUCGAGAGCCUUGUCAAACAGCUCAGCCAAAUGCAUCACGAUGGCGAGGCCACAGUAGAGUCCAGUACGGAGCCAGAACCCAGCCACAACCCCUGAACCUCACCCACCUUUCCCGGUUACAUGACUCUCAUACUGUCCCCUGCACACUCCGCUGAAACAGAAGCUUUGUUAAUACACUGAUGCAGACAUACACAUUCCUGAAGAGCUCACCACACAAACACACACACCGGUAUGUUGAUUUACACACUGUGUUAUGAGUCACAAUGAAUCAUUAAACUUGAGCACUUUAAUUCUGGUAGACAGAUUUGACUGCGUUCAGCAGCUGUGAGACAGCAAGGCAGCCACAAAUGUUGCCUGUCUCUCUUUAGAGAGCUAGAUGGCAUCCUUCAAGUGUUUCUUAACAAAGUACACAUCAGCAAUUUUUGUAUUCGAGUGUCGCUGUGCCGUCAGUGGAAGAAAUUAAUUAAAACAGGAACUUACUGCUUAUGGUUUUUGGUUUGCUUUUCUUAAAAUGAAAAAUAACAAGAUGACAACAAAGCUUAAAAGCCUUCCUUUUGAUGUGCACUACAGUGCAUAUAAAUGUAUUUUUUU